GUCGUGGGAGUUUCCAUUUUCGCCCAAGGCCGCGGACGGGGCUGGCGCGGACGACGGGAUGUUCAAGAACACGUUCCAGUCCGGGUUCCUCUCGAUCCUCUACAGCAUCGGGAGCAAGCCGCUGCAGAUUUGGGACAAGCAAGUCCGGAAUGGGCACAUCAAGCGCAUUACGGACCAGGACAUUCAAUCGUCCGUGCUCGAGAUCAUGGGCACGAACGUGAGCACGAACUACAUUGCGUGUCCGGCGCUCCCGGCCAAGACGCUCGGCAUCAAGCUGCCGUUCCUUGUCAUGAUCAUCAAGAACCUCAAAAAGUACUUUACGUUUGAGGUUCAGGUCCUCGACGACAAGAAUGUGCGCCGACGCUUCCGCGCGUCCAACUACCAAAGCAGCACGCGGGUCAAGCCGUUCAUUUGCACGAUGCCGAUGCGUCUCGACGAAGGCUGGAACCAAAUCCAGUUCAACCUCUCGGACUUUACGCGGCGCGCGUAUGGCACGAACUACAUCGAGACGCUCCGCGUCCAGAUCCACGCGAAUUGCCGCAUUCGCCGCAUUUACUUUUCGGACCGCUUGUACUCGGAGGAAGAGCUCCCGCCCGAGUUCAAGCUCUUCCUUCCGGUGCCCAAGGGUUCGGAGCCGCCGAAGACCGAAACCCUCGCCAUGUAAACGACCUCAUGACGGCGAUGGACGCCAUCAAACCACGAGACGAGACGAUAAAACCAAAGAAAUUCAUUCCAUGUGCUUUAUACUA